AUGAAAUUCUUCUUGCUUCUGGCAUUCCUGGGCGCAGCAGUUGCUGAUGACGAUGACAAGAUUGUGGGGGGUGAGACCUGUGUCCGGAACUCGGUCCCCUACCAGGUUUCGCUGAAUUCCGGAUACCACUUCUGCGGAGGGUCCCUCAUCAAUGACCAAUGGGUUGUAUCCGCUGCCCAUUGCUACAAAUCCCGUAUCCAAGUGAGGCUCGGGGAACACAACAUUGUAGAGCUAGAAGGAGGCGAGCAGUUUGUCAACUCAGACAAAGUCAUCCGCCACCCCCAAUACAAUUCUUGGCUCCUGGAUAAUGACAUUAUGCUCAUCAAGCUGGCACAGCCUGUCGAACGUUCGCUUCAGACUGCACCCAUCGCCCUGCCCAAGGAAUGUGCAGCUCCUGGCACUGAAUGCCUGAUCUCAGGGUGGGGCAACACCCUCAGCAGUGGUGUUAAUAACCCUGACCUUCUGCAGUGCGUGGUGGCUCCCAUCCUAAAUCAAGCUGAUUGCGUAAACUCUUAUCCUGGGCAAAUCACUGAUAAUAUGAUCUGUGUUGGAUACUUAGAGGGUGGCAAAGACUCCUGCCAGGGUGAUUCCGGCGGCCCAGUGGUCUGUGAAGGGGUGCUCCAAGGUAUUGUUUCCUGGGGAAUCGGAUGUGCCUUGCCCGGUUACCCUGGCGUCUACACCAAAGUCUGCAACUACAUCGACUGGAUCCAGGAAACGGUUGCCGUUAACUAAAGCGUCCGUCGCUCCUGUGGUUUCAAGAUAUUUGUUUUCUUCUCCUCGUCUAAAUAACAUAUCUGUGCACACAUACACAAUGGGAAUAAACAUCUGAUAAUUA